GACAAAAUCGAUUAAAUGGCAUAGAGUAGAGAAUUUCAUAAUGGCGUCGGCGCAAUAACAUAACCUCGCCGCUUCGCCAAACCUACUUGGUUUUUGCAAUUUUUUACAAAAUAAUUGUGAAUAUAAAACUUUCUUAGUGACAAAUUGUGUAUGUGUGUUUUAUAAAAUUAAAUAGAACGUCAGGAUGGCGGACGCGGCUGCCAGGCAGUUGCAAUACGAAUAUAAAGCCAACUCCAAUCUCGUUCUCCAAGCUGAUGUAAGACUUAUAGAACGACGUGGUCGUGAUGAGGCGACAGGAGAAGUUCUCUCUUUAUCUGGAAAACUUACCGGAACCAGAAUGGGUGACCGUGCUCAACGCACAAAACCUGACAAAGCGGAAGAAAGAAAAGCAAAACGUCAGAAACGCGACGAGGCAUCGUAUGAGCUGUCUAAAUCAAAAUCGGCGCGAGUCACUUGGGCCGACGACCCGCCGGGCGUCCUGUAUAGACCACGGGCGCAACACACGAGGCACGCGUAUGAGUUGCUACUGUCUUUCAUGCAAAGCGCACUCGGUGACCAACCAAGGGAUAUAUUGUGCGGAGCUUGCGAUGAGGUUAGUGCAUAUUAUCAACUACUAAACAAGCUGUUAAACUAUAAAAUUGCUCACUGAAGUUUUGGUAAUAA